AUGAGGGAGUGGUGGCACGCUGGGUUUCAUCUGACGACGGCCAUAGUCGGGCCAACGAUACUUACGCUGCCGUACGCGUUCAGGGGCCUGGGAUGGGGGCUAGGAUUUAUGUGCCUGACAGUGAUGGGGGUCGUAACCUUCUACUCUUACUAUCUCAUGUCCCUCGUUCUCGACCACUGCGAGAAAGAUGGCCGCCGUCACAUCCGCUUCCGGGAGCUCGCCGCCGACGUGUUAGGCAAGAUGUUGAAACUUCUUGCACUUGUGUUGGGAACAGGGGUUGGUUGCGGUUUUAAUGGGGGUGGGUGGCCGCGAACGGACAUCAUAAGAAUGGGGUCAGGCUGGAACUGCCCCCUCGGUGUAAUUCGUCGUUUAGCGAACUAG